AUGUUGAACGACCUCCAUGCAGAAUUUACUCGGUGGCAGAACGAGCAUGCAUUGAGGCCUCCUUCCGAUCAUACCGCUUCUUUAUUGCGGACACCCUUCACGGCGGAGAUCAUGGCUCAACCCUACCCACUCGACUUGCGAAUCCCUGGAAACAAAGAAUAUGACGGCCGGACAGACCCGGAGGUCCACAUCAACACUUAUUAUGGAAAUAUGCUGAUGAUGGACGUAACUGACGCUGUGAUGUGCCGGGCCUUUUACUCGACGCUUUCUGAUUGGGCGGCCGAGUGGCUCAGAACGUUACAACCAGGGUCCAUUUCUGAUUUCGCUAGCCUGGCAGAAAAAUUCACUCGGAAGUUCGUAACUUCCAAAGUCAUCCGGAAGCCUUACAUGUAUCUUGAGAAGGCUAAGCAACUAGAAGGAGAGAGCUUGACCGAUUUCUUAGUCAUGUGGAAAGCGGCGGUGGGAGAGGUCGAACCCAUGGACAACCUAACGGCUAUUCAUAUGUUACAUAUUUCCCUCAGAGCCGGUUAUUUGUACCAGGAUUUUAUACUCCACCUGCCUACAACCUAUGAAGAAGCGCUCCGUAGAGUGACGGAUUAUGCCAAUGCGGGAGAGGAAAAUGCCGUCAAACGCUCCCAAGAGGUCGGAUCUUCCCGGAAACCCUCCGGACGGUCGGACAACCGGUCGGUCGAAGACUACCCCCGACCCAGAGCCCAUCCGGGAGAUUUCACGGCGUUGAACGGAUCGGCCGCGGAAGCCAUGCAAUAUGCCCAGUCCUGCAACCUCAUUCGUCUACCUCAUCCGGGACCGGAUGAGAAGGAUAAGUCGAAACAUUGCGCUUAUCAUCAAUGUGCUGGGCAUGACACGGAGGAGUGCACACAUCUGAAAAAAUUGUUGGAAGACUUGCUCCAGCUGGGGAAGUUAGACAAGUGCGUAGGAAAGCGGGAAGAGAACAAAAGAGCAUCUGAGAGGAAAGAUCAUAGACGCUCCAACCGCCCUGAUCGAUCGGACCAGGACCGGAGAGAUCCCGAUCCCCCGUCUGCCAGUCGACCAUCAUCGAAACCGACUAUUCAUGUUAUAUUCGGCGGCUUGGAAGAUGUUUUCGAAGCUCGAGAGCUUUGCUCGGUCGCGAUCGUUGACUCCCUGAGGAGCGGUAAAAGGAAAAAAACGGAGCCAAUCACCUUUUCUCUUGAAGAUCAACCCGAGAGCGGAGAUACCGGGAUGGAAGAGCUCGUUGUUACGAUCGACAUCAUGGGAGUCGACGUACAAUGGAUGAUGGUGGAUACCGGGAGUAGCAUAAAUGUCCUUUAUUUGGACGUUUUCAAAAAAUUGAAACUUGAUCAACAAGAACUGAUUCCGGUUGGUGUGCACUUGUCGGGAUUUACCGGGGAUACCAUUCGCACUGAAGGAAAAAUCGUCCUCUCGGUCGAGCUGGGAACUCCGCCCAAAUCUAUCAAAACGCAAAUGGAAUUUGUUGUGGUGAAUCUUCGUUGUGUCCACAAUGUCAUCCUAGGCCGCCUGACCAUCAUGAAGGUCCGGGGAAUCAUAUCUAUGCCUCACUUGUGCAUGAAAUUCCCUACCCCGGCUGGGGUCGGAGUUCUGCUCGGUGAUGUUCAGUCGGCAAGGAAAUGCUAUACACGAGCGGUCAAUUGGCGCGACGCAAGUUCUUCCCGGGUGAAUACAAUCGUCAAGGACGCCGUCAAGGACCGAAAAGAACAACCAGAGCCAUCUGAAGAGAUAGAGGAGGUUCCUUUGUCGGAAGACUGA